GGAGUGAAACUACAGUUCCCUCAGAGCUGCUCGGAGGUGUUAGUUGUCAAUAUGGCUGUUGUCAGACAGACAAAGCGGAGAGGCAAAUAAUUCGCCUCUGAUUAGAAAUCCUUGGAAAAGGGUCGGACAGGGCACUGUUAUCCAGCUGCUUUAUUGUUCGGCUGCAGCAAACGACACCGCGCGUCUUUGCUUUAGUUAUAAAGUUAAAUGGUUAAGCGGACGAUUUGAACCGAGCAGCAGGAUGUCUGAGUUCAGCGAGGAGCCGCGCUUCACUAUUGAGCAGAUAGAUCUGCUGCAGCGGCUGCGUCGCACUGGCAUGACCAAGCAGGAGAUCCUGCACGCGCUCGACACUCUGGACCGGCUGGACCGGGAGCACGGCGACAAGUUUGGCCGCCGCACCUCUUCCUCCUCCUCCUCUUCGUCCUCCUACGGCGUAGGCGGGGCAAACAGCUGCACCAACAACUCUGCCUCCAAUACUACUACCACAUCAUUCAACAAUAACAACACUGCCUCGGCAACCACCACCUCUUCCGCAUCAUGCAAUGGCAACAACGGCGCCAUCAACAGUGGCGAGGUCGUAACCGCCGAUCACACCGCUGCCACCUCUUCCACGACCUCCAAAAUCUCCACAGCCACGCAGACGCAGUUCAACAGCAGCGGGGGGCUCUCGCCAUCUCCCAGCAACAGUUACGACACGUCCCCACCUCCAGGGCCACCGCCGCCUUCUGCAAUCCUGCCUUCCCCUGUGUCGCUGGUGGCGCUGUCUCAGAACGGCCGUGACAGUCUAGCUGCCACCCCCAACGGAAAACUGUCUCCGCCACGAUAUCCAGUAAACAGUGCAGCAGCAACGCGAGCAUUUGGGUUUGAAGCUACAGAGGAAGAUCUGGAUAUUGAUGAUAAGGUGGAGGAGCUCAUGAGGAGGGACAGCAGUCUGGUGAAAGAAGAGAUCAAAGCCUUCCUGGGGAACAGGAGGAUCUCUCAGGCAGUGGUGGCACAAGUUACCGGCAUCAGUCAGAGCAGGAUCUCCCAUUGGUUGCUGCAGCACGGCUCCGACCUGAGCGAGCAGAAGAAGAGAGCUUUCUACCGCUGGUACACGCUGGAGAAAACCACACCAGGUGCCACUCUGAACAUGCGACCAGCUCCCUUGCCCCUGGAGGAAAUGGAGUGGAGGCAAACCCCACCCCCACUCACCACUGCCCCAGGAACCUUCCGGUUGCGUCGGGGAAGCCGCUUCACUUGGAGAAAAGAGUGCCUGGCUGUGAUGGAGAGCUACUUCAACGACAACCAGUACCCAGAUGAGGCCAAAAGGGAGGAGAUAGCAAACGCCUGCAAUGCUGUUAUUCAGAAACCAGGAAAGAAGCUGUCUGAUCUGGAGAGGGUCACCUCUCUGAAAGUUUACAACUGGUUUGCCAAUCGCCGCAAAGAGAUCAAGAGACGUGCCAACAUUGAAGCCACAAUCCUGGAGAGUCAUGGGAUAGACGUCCAGAGUCCGGGGGGACACUCCAACAGCGAUGACAUCGACGGGAACGAUUUCUCAGAGCAGGCCUGUGACCUCCCCUAUUUUGACAAAAGACCUCUGAGCCGACCUUUUGGCCUUUAUCGAUUGGAGCCCACCUCACCCACACAGGAUGACAGCGUAGCACACAGCGAGCACCAGGACCCCAUCUCUCUGGCCGUGGAGAUGGCUGCUGUCAACCAUACUAUCCUGGCCUUGUCCAGAACCGGAGGGGGCCCCAACGACAUCAAGACGGAGUCCCUGGAGGACGAAUGAACUGCACAGGACCUGGGAUAGAGGAAGGGGACAAGAGAAGGAGGAGUAUAAAAGAUGGAAACCCAGGGGGGUGGGGUGCUGAAAAGAGACCAAAAUAAUGCUACUUAGUAAAGCUUCAGAAUCUGCUCCUCAGCCAGCCCCUUACCCACUCUUCCUUCUCUCUUGGCCUCCCCCUUCCUCUCCCCUCCUCCAAGUAAUCUUUGUAAACAGUAAUUACCCUCAACCCCACCCCACCCUACUCAAUAUAUUGACACAGCUGGGAGAAAUGGGUCACUAUAGGCCCUGCGAUCUCUGUGAAAAUGAUCCACAGAAGAAAAAGGGGCUCUCCCAGGCCUUUAACCCCUCUAAAUGGUGGCUCUUGCCUGGGAGUGUGAACUCCUCUCUCCUCCCCUCAGUACACUUUUCCUCACAGGAUACCUCUUCUCUUUCCUUACCUCUUCCUUGCUCCCCUUUGACUACCCUCUCCAGCCUGGUCGUCUGAGCCGAUCCUCAGUCUCUCACCUCAACGUCAACCUCAGAAAAAUAAUGUGUACUGUAUAUAUAAUAUAUACAUAUUAUAUAUAUAUGGUUCUUAUGGUUCUCAGUCACACUCACCUCAUGGUGUGCUACCUACCUACUUACCUAAUCCUCAAAUUCACCUCUUCAUUGUGCAAUUCAUCAGAAGAGAAACCUCUAGUCAUCGUCUCGGGAAUGAUGAAGAGCUCAUCCUCUGCCUCUCUGGCCACGAGGCUGUCUUCAAAAAUGAUAUCAGAACUGUGCCGUCACUUUUAUCCUCUAUAGUUCUCAUUCCUCAGCAGAAUGAAUGGCUUUUGGUUUACUUGCAGUAGAGCUGCUAGUUUGAAUUAAAAACCCAUCCAAUGGUGUCCAAACUUUCUGCUAAAAAAACAAAAAAAGUAGUAGCCUUAUGUUCACGCAGACAGCUGUUCUUCUUUUUUGCAGUAUAAGCCAGUUUUCUGACAGCAGGGAUUGGGAAUAUGAUACACUGCACAAAAAAAACAUGUUCAGCACACACUGAUAAUCCCGAAAGUUAUUAAGGUUUAUAUCCAACAGCAGCAGUGGUUUUAUUUACGUUCCUCACUUGCUCUUCCUCUUUUGUUUUAGACUGAAUAAGCAACUGGACGUUCAAUCGUUUUUUGCCUUUGUAUUUAGCUCCCCUGUGACACUGUUGUUAAGUGCUAAAGGUUAAUGAAGAUCAUGGUAAAGUCAAUGUGAUUAUCAAGCAAACUUUCUAAGCUAUCUGAUAAUGCUUUGUUUUAAAUGUCAUCCAUGCCAAAGGAAAAGAUGCUGAGUCGCUAAUACUGAUCUGAAAAUGGUGUUCAAGUUAAUCCAAAGUUAUUUAUACCAACUCCUUUGGUGUACGUAGGUUUAUUUCUCAUAUUCAGUGAAGCCACUCAAGUCAGUGUAGGCUUGACACUACAGCAGGCCUGUGUCAGUAUAGGUAGGUAUUAGCAGCCAGGCAUAUAAUGAUUAAAAUACCCUUAAGCUUUUUACUACUUCUGUGACGCUGCCUCUUUAUAAUAGCCUCAGUAAUGUGCUUUUUAUAAUAUCAGAGAUAUCAAAUUAGAUAAAAGUCCACAGUUGAAAUGGUUACAAAUAUCAGAAGGACAUUUGAGGCUUCUUUUUUUUAUUAUUAUUAUUAUCAUUAUUAUUUUAUCUUUGUAGCCUCAGAGAAAAACGCACCACCUCAAAGGGAACCCGAAUCAAAGACUCUUGAAGGGGUGAUAUAAGAACAGAUUUUUCACUGGGUUUUCUUUGCCCUGGAUGGAAGUCUUUCCAAAACCAUCUCUUACUGAGUAUCACUAUGUUGUGAGCUGGGCUGUUUUGGUAGCACAGACUGACAUUUACCUUCCAAUCUGGCCUCAGGGUGAAGACAUUAAAGUAAAUAGGUUAUAAUUUUAAAACGUUACUUGAUGUUUGAGAAGAUUGAUGCCACUCGCGUGUCUGUAUGCCAGAUAUGCUCAUGUUCGAGCUCCAGUUAGAGCUAGAAGCUAGCUUAGCUUGGCUUAGCUGCAGGGGGGAAGCAGCUAAGCUAGUUUUGUCCACAGGGGGAAGCUGCUCCUCUAAAGCUUGUUAAUGAGCGUGAGGCAUUUAUUGUGGGUUUCAUCUGCGGCUGCUCGCUGAAACUUUUCUUCCGGCCUGAAUGCUGAACUCAAAACUAGCACUAGCGUGAAAUUUAGCUUAGUAGAUGCAACACUGUAAUGUUUUCUUAAACGGGUUUUUGCUGCAUUUUAUGUUUAAUCCAUGCAAAGUGUUAAUAAGUGCACUUUUUUGCCCCCUUUGGAAAAAAAACUGGCUUUCUGCUGAGCCUGGUUAAUCUGCCUUCUAGCAUUAGCAUCAUAUUUGCAUACUGUUGUGACAGUGUUAUUUCUUUUCUCUCCAAACUCAGCAAAAACAGGGAAUUGCAUUUCCCCAAAAAGUCAGGCUGUUGCUCCAACCCCUGCCUCAGUGAUGGUUUUGGAGAAAGGAAAGCCUAUUCUACAAAGCAGGAUUAAGCAGUCCACCAGAAAUCUAAUGUGUAGUUAGAUUUGGAGGUUGGUGAUGCACCAAAUAACGUCUGGCUCCUGCUUGUACAAUAGCUUCCAGCCCUCGGCUCUAGUCUAAUAAAGCUCUAUUUAAUUGUACUGCUUCAGUAUGUUCAAAGCUGCAAUACAGUGACUCUCAACUGGGACCUGUGUUUGAAAAAGAGUUGAAAGACUAAAAAAAAAAAAAGUAUGUAUUUAUACUCAUUUUUUAUGGUAUUGUACAAAAAGGAAUAACAUGUUUUGAAAUGAAACAUGCUUUAUUGUUUAAUGAAUCAUGUUUGUUUGUUUGUUUGUUUUUCCCAUUUCUCCUCACUUUUUCUUUUUUGUUAAAUUAUUUAAUUUUUUUUUUUUUUGGUCAUCCCUUGUUUGAGUGAACA